AUGGCUGCUGCUCCUCUCCGCCUGGGCUCCGUCGCCCCCAACUUCGACGCCGACACCACCAAGGGCAAGAUCAACUUCCACGAGUUCAUCGGCGACAGCUGGGUCAUCCUCUUCUCCCACCCCGAGGACUACACCCCCGUCUGCACCACCGAGCUCGGCGCCUUCGCCAAGCUCGAGCCCGAGUUCACCAAGCGCGGCGUCAAGCUGAUUGGCCUCUCCGCCAACACCAUCGAGUCCCACGACGGCUGGAUCAAGGACAUUGCUGAGGUCACCGGCGGCAAUGUCGGCUUCCCCAUCAUUGGCGACAAGCAGCGCCAGGUCGCCCUCGCCUACGACAUGAUCGACCACCAGGAUGCCACCAACGUCGACGAGAAGGGCAUCGCCUUCACCAUCCGCUCCGUCUUCUUCAUCGACCCCAACAAGAAGAUCCGCACCAUCCUCUCCUACCCGGCCUCCACCGGCCGCAACGCCGCCGAGGUCCUCCGCAUCAUCGACUCCCUCCAGACCGGCGACAAGUACCGCGUCACCACCCCCAUCAACUGGGUCCCUGGCGACGAUGUCAUUGUCGCCCCUCCCGUCUCCAACGAGGAGGCCAAGAAGCUGUUCCCCAACUUCCGCAUCGUCAAGCCCUACCUCCGCUUCACCCCUCUCCCUGCCCAGUAG